AUGUGGAAGGUUUAGCUUCUCAAAUUAUUAUUGAGUCUAAUGAUGGAGUAAGCGGAGUAAUUGAAUGGGAAAGUAUCAAUUUUGAGGUUAAUGAAUCUCAUGGGAAUCUGACAGUAAUGGCAUACCGAAACAGAGGAUCAUAUGGCAAUGUGUCUGCGUUUUUUUAUGCCCAAAAUUUGGAGGCACAGCUGGGUUGGGAUUUUAAUGUUACCUCAAGGACUCUUUUUUUUGCUGAUGGAGAAAGACAUAAAUCUGUUGUUAUCACGAUUUUUGAUGAUGAUAUUCCUGAAGGUGAUGAGAAGUUCCAGUUAAUUUUAACAAAUCCCUCUCUGGGGCUGGAAUUGGGGGAGAACACAACAGCCACAAUUACUAUACUUGCCAAUGAUGAUGGCCAUGGAGUUUUGUCAUUCAAUAACAGCGAUCACUUCUUCCUAAGAGAGCAAACAGCUCUCCAUUUGAUGGAAAGUGUUGCAGUAUUAAAUAUUAUUAGAGAACCUCCUCAGGGAAUAUUUGGCACCGUGACUGUUCAAUAUCUUGUAAGUGAAAUUAAUUCUUCAGAGGCAUCAGUGGAUUUGACACCUUCUCAAGGAUAUAUUGUGCUGGAAGAGGGAGUCAGAUUCAAGACACUGCGUAUUUCUGCAAUACUGGAUGAAGAACCAGAAAUGGAUGAGCACUUCAUUGUCACCCUGUUCAGUCCCACUGGAGGAGCCAGACUAGGCACAAGAGUUCAAACUAUGAUUACAGUAUUACAGAACCAGGCUCCACUAGGGCUUUUCAGCAUCUAUCCAGUUACAAAUAGGACAAAUUUCCUCAUAAUUGAAGAAGCCAACACUACAGUUUAUUUGAAAGUUUCACGGAGUAAUGGGCUCAACGUGUCUGUGAGUGUUGAGUGGGAGACAUUGUCGGAUACUGCAUUUGGCAUCAGGGGUAGUAUCAGUGUCCUGUCUGUCUUGCAAAGUUUUGUGGAAGAGUCAGCAUCUAGCUGGUGUUUCUUUACAUCAGGAGAAAUUCUGUAUGGUGUUCUGUUGCGUACGCCUCCAGCUACGUUUUCUACUGUCUACCAGUGGAAAGGAGUUUUUGUUCCUCUUGAGAAUUUCAGUAUGUGGAAUCCUAAGAGCUGUGUGUCUUUCCAAAUCCAUGCCUCUCCCUACCUCGUGGUUACCCAUGGAGGAGCCAGGGAAGGAGCUUCCAACAACAAUACAGAGUCUCUCUAUUCUGGAUACCAGACAUGUGAAACAUUUUGCUGCGGAUGAAGAAGACUAUUUGAUUUUUGUGAGUCAUACAACCAGUUCCAGUUCCAUCCAGGUUUUCCAGUGGAAAAAUGAUAAAUUUUUGCUGCAUCAUCAACUUCCACUUUACAGAGCUCUGAACAUAGCCUUGUUUCCUAGAGGAGGCGUUAUGUACCUAUUAGUUUCUUUGUCAAAUACCAGCCAGAACAUGCUCUUGUA